ACUUGUCGCGCUCCAGGUCAUGUCAGUCUCAGUUUUGAAAUCAAACAGCUUGCCAUUCCAAAUCCGCGGGCUGUCGGUGCGCCUUUACUCGACCCGCAAGAGCGAGACGAAUUCCGACCCACAAAAAGACACCAUCCGCCGUUACUUGUACCCUCCGAAUAUCCGCAACAAAGCCUCUCCUACUGGCACAUGGCGCCCAGAUGUCGCACGCGCUCUCCAGCGCGCCAUCCCCUCUGUGCAAGCGCACGAGACUAUUGAGCGCGCUUGGCUCCUACAUCAGAGACAUCUACGGAAGAAACGGGAUGCGGAGCUGCAGCGCAAAUUUAAAUGCAUGAAACAGGCAAUGCAGGAACUGGAGGAGAUUGACUCGAGGCUGUUCAGGGAAGCAAACAAGCCAGAGGAUCCAAGAGCGAGGAGUUUGGCUGAGAUGGAGGCUUUGAAGAGUAUGUCUGAACCGGAGAAGCGAGCGGUCGAGUCCAGAGUGAGGGGUUUGUUCCCUAGAGAACUCCGGGUACCAACAGAUACACCGCCGAAAAAUGGCUGGCCUCAUGAAUGGAGAGCAUUCCAAAGGCCCUUGUCAUGAGUAUGUCCAUAGUUUUUGGUGUAGGCAGAUACUCAUGGUUUCAUCUCGCAGUCACAGUCGUAGG